AUGGCUGACAUUUCUCCUCUUCCGUUUCCUGGUGUUCCUCCUGGCUACAGCAGUAGGAGCGAGGUGCAGAUGAACAUGGGCAGUGCAGGUCUGUGUCCUCAUAUUGUCCAGUAUGGUGCACCCUCCUUGUUGAAACUCCAUUCACGCAUCUUAGACCUUUCAUCUGGGGAUUUGCUUUCCGAAGUAGAACGAAACAGAAGCUUGAUGCAAUCUCGAACUGCUGAUGCUCAGAUUCACGAAUGCCAGCAGAAUGUGAAAUGCAGUAUUCCUGUCUUAAAAUGCCAGAGUCAAUUAAAUAUGACAGGUCCUAGCCGCCUGUAUCCCCGGAGCAGCUGCAGUAGCAGUGAACUCUCCCUCUCAAGUGCUUGCAGUGAAUAUUCCAGUGGUUCCUCUUACACUUGGAAUGAUGGAAAGACAUGCAGCAAAAGGUCAUCCGUGAGCUGGGAUAAAAGAAUAAGCAUUGGUUCUUCGCUCCCAAGCAAUCUCUCAAGUCCUGCGGAUGAUCUACCUCCAACUCGUAUCAAGGAAAACCAUAUCUUAGAAGGGCUGAAGAAAUUACAGAAGCAAAAAAUAUUACUCGAAUCACCUUCAGUAAUAUCAAAAUGGGGUUACAAAGAUUGCAUGAACUCUAAUGAAGGAAUAUAUUCCCCUGGAGUUAAAUGUGGCAGCCAUAAUGAACAGACUCAUUGUCAGCCAAUGGAAAUAGGAAGUAUUUGCAUUGAACAUAACAAAACUUUCUCUUAUGAUUCAGAUUCACAUGAUGAUGCAGAUGACGACUCUUCAUCCCUACUGUUGCUGCAGGAAGUACCAAGCAAAGAUUGCAGGACCUAUUGUAACAAAUUAACUCACAGCGUUUCUGACAGUCUCUUUGACUGGGAUCCUAAUAGGAAACAUUUGCCAGAAAGAAGUUCGUAUUUUAAUUCAAAGGAAAGACCUGAAAAAUUGACUAGUUUUGUCAGUGGCUUUCAGGCAGAAGUAAAAUCAAGCACCAGAGCAAAGCUGCCCGAGUUACAGUUAAAUCAAAGCCAUGCUGAUAUAGGCUGGAAGGACCUUAAUUUUCAGCUUUCAGAUACUGAUGACAAUGAAGUGUUGGAUGAAUUGCAUAUAGAAAGCAGUGAUGAGAAAAGUCCAUCAGAUUUAUUAGCAACUCCUUUUACUGAGAAGUACACAAAGACUUCUGACAUGCUCAAAGUCACGGAGAAUUCUCAGUUUGCAUCUACUGACAAAGAGGAAAAACAGAUAUCUGCUCACUCAGACAUUAGGCCAAAGACAUGUAAUUUCAUUAAACAACAAAAGGUUAUAAAAAAGACCUCUUCUGAAGAGUGCAUUACUGUAAUAUUUGAUGCUGAAGAUGGUGAGCCUAUUGAAUUCAGCUCUCAUCAGACUGGAGUUGUCACUGUAACAAGAAAUGAAAUUUCAAUCAACCAGCCACAAAUUAGGUCCAGUGCAGAAUAUACUGAACUUACACCUCAGGGAAUAACUGAUUUGCAGACAGGAACCAGUGCUAGAAGCUACACUGCUUUAGAAAGACCUGGAGAUGAAACUGAGAAAAAGACUCUUGAAGAUAAUACAGGGAGUAAAAAUACAGUUGUCCCCAUGACCUGCAGUGAAUCUUCACACUGUGGAAGAGUGACACUGCAAAAUACUCCACGACAAAAACUAGUGAAGCAAGUGUAUGAUGUAUCAUACAAGGGCAAUUCAAGCUCCGCUGUGCAUGCAGGAAUCAAUCAAAAGCCAAACUUGACUAAAAUACCCAGCAGAGGUAAAUUUUCUCCACAAAAAACUGUAAUGACAGAGAGUGAGGAGAUACCUGUAGCUCAAUCAGUGGGCCCUGAAACCCUUGAAAAAUCACUUGCUUUGCCACCUGUAAAGCUUUCAAGAUUCAGAAAGACACAAAGUCCACCUCGUCAUUUUGACUCAAAAGUCGACUUCCAGGUUCCCAAGCCCCCUGCCCACCCCCUGCCCGGCUUGAAACGUCCAAGCAGAGGCAAUGGGUCAAAGUAUCCAAAGAGUCAGAGUCCAGCAUCACCACUGUUGCCUCAGCACCUUAUAGAGCCCACUGACUAUGGAGAACCUCCAACCAGAGACUUUCAUUGUGAUUUAGCAACUGUAGAAGCCCGAUCACCAUCUCCACCCGUUCCUCCAGGCAGGUCAACAUCCCUGUUGAUUCGGCCUAAUUAUUCUCAUUCACCACCUGUAGCGGUAAAGUUAGGAGGAGCUGGUCCCAGUGAAGCAGCAAAAAAUAUACUGAAAUCAUCGCCAUUAAAAGGAACUGUGAACUCUGGCUUUCAUAAUCAAUCUAGCCAUGAAAUACAAGCAAAAAAUGUAUCUUCUGGGGCCAAAAUUGAAUUAUCUUACCUUCAAGAAAAUGCAGAAGCAAUUAUGCAAAAUAAAUGCAUAUCUCAGCAACCCCAUAGUGCAUGCCAAGGACUUUCCAAAGUUUCCACAAAGCAAGUCUGCCCAAAAAACCCUAAUCAGCUGGGUCUCCACAGGAAUCGUGAAUUUUCCAACACAGAUUUUCAAACAGCCAGGUCCUUUUCUCUAGGUUGUCCAUCAUUGGAAACAACUUCUUCACAAGACACAUAUUCCAGUAAAAAAGGUAUUUGCAGUGACAGUGGGGUAGAUCAGCCACAAAAGAUGCCAAACAUUCUCCCCGCUACUCCUCAAUGUCAUACGACAAGCACAAGUGAUCCCUUACUAUCUCAGGUAAACAAUUCCCCAGUGUCAACACUGUUUCAUGGUAGUGACACUGCACAUGCUACCCAAAAUGAGAAAGGAAUGAAAACCCGUCUCCCUGUAGGACUGAAAUUAUUUGUCAAAUCUCCCCAACUUCUGAGAAAGAGCUCUACUGUACCAGGGAAGCAGGAAAAAGACAGUAUAAAUGCAGCUUCCAAAAGUAAUGUGAGUUCAAGUAAGUACAAGCAAAAUGAACCUACAAGUGUAACUGCUAGAGGUGCAACGGAUGCUGAAUUGAAAGACUCUACAUCUGAUACUGAAGUAAAAAACAAUUUUACUGUGGGACUUAGUAUGGAUACAGCAUCGCCUCAUUCACAUGAAAACUGCAACGUGGUGGUAGACAGAGUAGAUGGAUUGGAAAACAAAUUAGUUAAGAGAUCUGUUUCUUCUAGCAACAAGUCGCACUUGAAGCCAGCUCUGGGUAUGAAUGGAGCUAAAGCUCGUAGUCAGAGUUUUAGCAUUCAUACAGGGGAAAAGCCAUCUGCCCCUGUGACAGAAGGUCUUGGAAAAGUACGGACUCAGAUUAUUACAAACACUUCUGAUAGAGGAAAUUCUCUAACAAGGCAGAACUCAGCCAUGGAAGGACUUCAAAUCAAGGCCAUUCCUGGGUCAGCAGUGACAUCAGAGACUCUUUCAUAUACUCCUAAAACCACAGAAAAUUCUUAUUCUAGACAAGGUUCUCUUGGAAAUACGAGUAGUUGCAAUAGCCAGCAUGGAAGCCCAAGCAAACUGCCCUUCAGAUCAUCUUCAAAAGUAGACUUGUUUCACAACGCUUCAAAAAGUGAUGGAAACAAACCAUUUGCUCAGAAAGAUACACACAGUCUGUCUGUCCACAGUGAGAAAAGCACUGAAAGUUUUAAACAUGAAGCUCUAAGUAAAAAAAGUGUUCUGCCAGCAGAAUUGGAGUUAGAAGCGUCAGCUACUGUAUCUUCAAAACAAAUUUCAUCACUUCAAAGCUCGGAUGGAAUAAAGUGUCCUCAUAAACUGGAAGCAAUGAAGUCACGAAGACAGCAAAUGUCUUUAAAGUUAGCAGAAGCCUCUGAGAAGGUUACUGAUGUUUUGAGUUCACCAGCUCUACAACCUACAAUAGAGGAGAAAGUCAUGUUAUGCAUCCAAGAAAAUGUGCAAAAGGGUCAGGGACAAACCAAAUCUCCCACUGCGGAGACUAAACAAAAGACUGGGCCCUCUAUAGCUAGUUGGUUUGGCUUUCGAAAGAGUAAGCUCCCGGCACUGAGUAGCAGGAAAAUCGAUGUUCCUAAAACAAAGGUAGAAAAAAAAGAUGCAAAAGUUUCAGGAUUUGGAAUUAAGCAGGCAAAAUUAGAGAGAAGAAAAGAAAAAAAGAAAACUGAACAACACUGUGAAAUAGAAAAUGAAAUUAACAGGAAAACAGACAACGGUGACAUUUUAACUGAUGUCAUGGAGAGCAAAAUUAUGAAACCUUCACAAGAUGCGCCUGGUGCGGUUGAGUGUGGACAAGUCAAAGGCUGCACCACAGCUACAUACUCACCAAAAGACAGUUUUAUGAAAGAGCUUUUAAACAGAGUUGAUAAGAAAGCAGCUCAGCAGACAGAAAGUGGAUCAAAUAAUGUUUCCUACAGGAGUGUGUCGAAGGGCAGCUCCCAGGGCUCCUCUCUUCACGGCAACUCUAUCAGCUCUCAAGGAAACCACAAGAAAAACAGCAACACAAAAGCUGAUAUGGAAAUGCAGAAUCAGACCCUGGCUAAAGUAGUCACAGAAAACCUGCAAGAAGAAGAGGAGGACACCAUGACAAGGACUACAUGUCAGAGUCAUGUGAUAGAGUCUUGCUGCCAGAUGAGGACACUGGACAGCGGGAUUGGAACCUUCCCCCUCCCCGACUCAGGGAACCGAUCUACAGGGCGACACGUUUCUAAGCAAGAAACAACCUUGGAAACAGAAGUGCUUGCACCGUCUGAGCAAGUUCUUUCAGCUCCUUCAGUAAAAGCCAAAACUCUUGAGCGAGAAGUGCCUUCAACAGCUAAGAGCCAGGAGCCUGUGGAAAGCAUAAUUAGUCACUCAACAUCUGAUCCGGCCAUGACUGCCAAAGGUAUACAACCUUUUCAAAGUCGCCUUCCGAAACCAGCUUCCUCAGGAAUAAUUAACCUUGCAAAGCAAAGUGAACAAGAACCAAGUUCUGUGACCUCUGCCUCAUUAGAGCAUACUGAAGAAAGUGUGGAAAAUAGAAAAGUUCUUCCAGAAUGGACCAGCAAGAAAACUACUAAAACAAAGGACAGAGCUCUGAGAGUGUGUACUUACUCUGCAAGCAGCAGUGACACUGAGCCGGAGCCAGAGUAUGAAACAAGUUAUUUUAGGACUGCAGAGGAGACUUUAGUGGAGUUAACAAAGAACAACAAACAAGCUGAGCUGGAAAAACAAAAUCAGAGAAAGUCAUUUCUGGGGAACCCGAUGUCAAUCUUGGAUUUAUACCAGCACAGUCUCUAUGGCCAUUUUGGAGAGGAUGGACCUGAACAGUUAACACAUUACAGUUUAAUUGAGCAGCUGAGUGGAGCUUCCAGUAAAGACAGCAAGGGCAAGGACAGCCCAAGUGUGAAACAACUGAGGCUUCUUACACUGCUGGGGGUUUUAGUAAAAAAUCAUGCAAUGGAGAGUGGCUCAGCAAGGAGGAAGAAAUUGAAGCAAACUGAAGAAACAAAAGAGGAUUCCCAGAAUAGAUUAUCUAAAAUUUCCCUGGAGUCUCUCAAUAAAUUUAACAGCAAUAACGUACUUUUAUUAGAAAAAGAGAAGAACUGUCUGAACAAGGUUGAAGGACAAAAGGAGGAAAACGGAAGGAAAGAAGAAGCUUCCUUAAAUAGCUCGGGUAGGCACGAAGUGGACAAUUUAGAAUCCUUGAGCGACUCCCUGUACGAUAGCUUCUCCUCUUGCGCCAGCCAAGGCUCGAACGAUGGAUAG